CAAAAUGGCCGACCCCGGUGACAAAGAACCAAUGCAAGUUUUCAGCUGUUGCAAGAUAUUCUCACGCUACAGACAGUUCCUGGCAUACAUGCAGUGAUUCAAAUGCUUCGUUAUGCCCAGAAGGAAAAAUCAAGGCGGAAAUGUAAACAGCGUUGAGGCAGAUUCAGCACAAAAUGUGCUUCGCAACCAAAGCGCUGAGCUCCAGUCGCGUGACACCACUCUGCGUGAAUUACAGAGUAUGUUUGCUGGUUCAGUCGAUCCCGAAGUAGUUCAGCUGGUACUGUCAGAAAGUAACUACAAUGGUAGGCAAAUCAUUGUUUAUGUAAAGACUACAUUAUCAAUUUUUAACGUUUUUUCUUCUGGUGCUUCAAGACCAAAUAUCGAAAGUAAGCUUAACUCGUUUCGAUACAAACUUUAAUACAAGUUGCAAGGAGAGAAAAUGCACAAGAAUUUCGAUCACUUAAAGUAUAGAUAGCGCACGAACAUGAAAAACCUAUCGUGAAUAUUCUAUAACCCAAAUACGCUAAGUAUUGACUUACACCUUGAUUCAAUAGACUUAUAUCGAAACGACUUUAUAUCGAAACAACCAUUUAGCUGAAUUUACUCAACGUAAACAGUCACAGCUCGUCCGGGAAGUAACUAGACAAAAUAAGGGCCACAUUGUUGCAAUGAGAAGUGAUUGGAGAGUGAACUGACAUAGUGAUGUUGCUUUUCACUAGAAAAACUUCAGGUCCUAAGUGUGAUCAGACCUUAGAAUCAAAUUUCUCCUUGCUAUAUCAGUGAGGAUCGGAAAGGGGGUUCUCCGUGAACCGUGAACGCCUAAUUUUAAUUGCCGUGAAUCGUGAACGAAAGAAUUUAUUUAUCGUGAUCCGUGAACAAAAUUAAUCCCGUGAUUCGUGAAAUAACUAAUUUAUUUCUUUAGAUUCGUGAACAUGGUCUCUAAUUAGCUAAUUUUUCGUCAAAUAUUCAACGUAAACUUUCAAGGAACUUGAUAUAUCAUGGUCAAGUCUGUCAACAAAGAUGAACAAAAUGCCACGCACAUCCUAAACAUGUCUAGACGUCACAUGAUCAUCACACAUAACUAAUUCAUGACGUGCAAGCGAAAAUUAAUUUUAGGCACGAACAGUGAGGGAAGUGUUUUUCAAGUUUUGGAAGGUGUUUUCUAUUUAUGUGGAUCCAACAACGUUUGCAAAUACAAUGAAUGUGUUUGUUGGCAGCAAAGAGCAUGUACAUAUUCCUUUAUCGGGAAAGCACUGCUCUUUGCAGGCAUUUGUAAGGCACGUGGUAGAACAUGGAGGCCUUAGGCAGGGAGCUGAAAAACAAGGCCUUGGGUUCAGCAUUGAUUUAAAAUUAUGCUGCUUAGAAAUAGGACUAGAUGGCAACAAGGUCUAUGCAAUAAAUAUAUUGUUCUUGCACAUUCACACACUACACUAAAGGCUUGCAAAUAAUGAAGUGUAGGCCAGUUCUGCUUGUGUAGAGUACAGCAUGCAGUUGUGAAUUAUAAUUUUUGUAAAUUUAGUAUUUUAGGGCGUUUGUAUGCAUAAUUCAAAAUUGUUGACACCUCAGUUAUGCAAUACUAUAUGGGUGACAAAUAAAAUCAAACGCUGAAUUUUGCGUGAUUCAUGAAAGGUCUGUUUAAAUUCCCGUUAACCAUGAAAUUUUGAUUUUAAUUCCAGUGAACCGUGCAUGUAACCCCCCUCCCCUUUCCAACCCUCAUUAGUGCUUUUUCACAGCUUUUCCCCACUAUCUCUUUAGGCAAAUGAACAUGUAUAAAGAUUACAGAGGCAACAAGUAAGGAAUCAUAUUUUGACAGUAGGGUUUAAGGGUUUAACAUGUAUGUGUUGUAGUUAAUUUUUCAUCUCAGGUAAUUUUUGUUUCUCUUUUGUUUUUGGGUAUGGUAAUGUAAGCUAAUGAGGUUACUAGAAAUAAAGGAAAAAUGAAAAUUAACUAGAAAAAAAAUUAACUACAACAUGUACAUUCAAUUCAACUGCAUAAACAAACAACAUUUGUCAGAGCUUUCUUCCUUUCCUAGCAAAUGAUGCCAUAGAAAAACUGUUUGUUUUGGGUGGCACAGAGGAAGACCUAAAAGAAGAGAAAUGUGCUUCCGAGAAGAAAACAGAUCAUGAACUCAGGCCAUUAUCGAAAACCUUUGGAGCCCAUGGUGAAACACAUGCUCAAAAAACUGUGCCGUCUUCUACGUUACCAUUAAGUCCAGUUCCCUGUGAGAGAAAUCAAGCACAAACACACCCAGAAAGUUUUCCUGAUGCAGCAAACCCUACUACUCUUUCAUCAGGCUUGCCAGAUUUCCCUGACAGCAUUUCACAGCAGUAUAAAGCAUUAAAAAGUCAAGAAAAAGUGUCCUUGAAUUUCGACUCAAUACCUCAUGAAAAACCUUCAGCACACAGCACAAACACAAGGCCUCCACUCAUUCAACAGGUUAUUUGUAGUAGUGAAUCUUUAGGGAUAAAUAAUGCUGGUGAAGAGAGCAAACCUACAGGAACCUUGGAGCCCUUGCUUAAGCAAGAUAUGUCACAGAGGGCUACCACAGACAAGUGCAAAAGUACCUUUCCUGAUAAUGCUGAACAGCAGAGAUUAGAUUGGGAACCAAGCAAGAAGAAAAUGUACAGUGGUGACUUCUUGACCCAUACAGAUAUGUUUCAGGAUAAAAGGCAAAAGCCAUCCAAAGAAAGGACUUCAAAUAUAUGCCAUCCACAAAAUGUGCAAAGUAAGCCAUCUGCAAAAACUCAGAGUAUUGGGUCAUCCAAUAAUUCAUUUAAUUCUCCCAAGACUCUACCAAGUUAUGGUGCAAAUAAACCUCAUUUUCGACCAGCAUCAAACAGCACACAGCAGUUGCCAAAUCAUGGCACUUUCAACAGUUUACCAGUAACAAAGGAAUCUAUGUUUCACCCUCCUGCCAUACAAAGGCAGGUUCAACCAUUUGUGUCACCUCUGGGUUUUGGCCAGGCAAUUCAAGGUAAUACUUCACAAGUACCAAGGUUUGGUUUAAUGCCAGUGACAUCAUCACAAUGGCAACAGGGACCUCAGAGAGCCAUGCUCAGGGGACAAGUUCUCCUACAGUACCCCCAAGGGAAUCGUCCUGCUUACCAGCCUCCUUUCUUCCUGGGAAGAGGUUUGUGGAUAUAUGUUGUUUUGUACCUUUUCUUGGUUGCUAGGGAUUGUAUUACUCCUCAAACUUUUACAUACCCCUGGCAAACUUUCAGCAUUUUAUACUUUUAGAUAUUUAAAUAAUAUAGUACACUAAAUAUUGUUGUAUGUGGCCAAAGACUAGAUACUAUUAUUAUUUCACUUUUUAGUUAGGAUAAUUAAUUUACAUAUUGAAAGUUUAUAUUAAUAUUUUUGGUAGUUCAAGUUAUAGAUCCUGGAUUUUUCUUGAAAUUAACUCGAUCUAGUACAUGUAGUUGUAUGCUGGAAAAACCCUGUAAUUUCAUUCUUUAUGAUGGUACUAGACAUAUUGGUUUGCUGUUUUGCACAUUAGUUAAGAUUUGGUUUAAUUUCUUUUAGACCUUAUACCUUUAAAUCUGUGCAACCAACAGGCCCAAGGAAUGUGACUAAAAUACUGAAAAAAAAUCAGCAAUAACUCCCCUGGGGCAGUUGUUGUUGUAUUGAAAUGAUUAUCAGGGACACCAUAUUUAAACAUCCAAAAAGUCUUAAAUGGCAGCAACAUAGCCUGAUGGCCCCACAUUAAAUGGGUCGGAAAUUUGAGAAACUAGUCACCUUUAUUCAAAAUAUAAUAUACCACUAGUUUGGUUAGUGUGUCAUUUCCACCAUUUCCUUGGAGUAAAAUGAUAGUAUUUCGUUAAAGGGGGCCAACUUUCAGCUGUGGCCAGAUCUCCAAAACAAGCAUCAGGUGUGCAAAUGCCAUUUUCGCCAGUCAUUCAUCAGAGGCUGUUUAUUUUGAUCCGAGGAUUACCAGGAAGUGGAAAGUCUACACUUGCACUGUAAGUAUUUACCUCUGUUACCAGAAAAACGUUUAGAAGAGCAUUGUCAGUUUUAUAUUUUUGGCCCCCUCCUUUUGGUGCAGUUGAACCUCUAGUAAUAGUCAUCUCUCUUUAACUGCCAUGCCCUACCCUCCCAACCUACCCCCUCCCCCCACACCCCAAAAAUUAUGCCAACUUUGUUUGGUUCCAGAGGAUACAUCCUCUCCUCUUUUAACCUCUGUGCAAUGACUAGCUUUCUACAACAGCCAUCUGUUGAGUCCUUGCGGUGGUUGCAAGGUGGAGGGAUUUAUAACUGAAGGCAAGAAAUGAGCCUUCGCAGGACCAUUAGGCUACGACAUACAGUGGAACCCCAUUAAUACGGUCACCAAUGGGCCCAAAAAAAUUUGGCCAUAGUAGCGAGGUGACCGUACUAACGAGGGUUACUUUACAAGAAAAUGUGCGGUUGUUUUUGCCAGGCAGCCAAAAAAAGUGGCCGUAAUAACGAUGUGACUGUAUUACUGAGGUGGCCGUAAGGUGGGGCUCCACUGUGCAUUGUUUUUGCCAGGUGAGACAGUAGGCCCCCACCUUAUCCCAGGGUUUGGAUCUACCUCUGUAUAUACAUUUAGCCAUGUUGUUGACUUGUUACAACUCUGCAUUCUUGUUAUGAUUUCAUCGUAGAAAACUGAAAGGUGCCCAUGGUGUUGUACUCUCAACGGAUGACUUCUUUUACAGGAAUCAAAGGUAUGUUUGAUAUUUUUUGCACGCAUUCUAUUUCUCUCUAGUCCAUCUCUGCUUGCAGUAUUGCAUAAGUGUUUGGAGAUCAACCUAUCCUGAUUUAAAAUGCCUUGUUAAAAAACUGCCACAAUAAUGAGCUAUGAGACAAUCAUCUUUGAAUCUUGUUAUAAUGCUCAUAAUAGCACCAAUAAUUAAGAAUCUUUGCAUAACUACCACUAAAUGAUAUGUAUCUAGCAGAAAUAGGGAAAUUAAUAAAGUUUCAUUAUAAAACUGGAUUGUUACCAGAUAUAUUUCAAAACAAUUUGGAGACAAAGGAAAUUGAAAUUAACCUUAGGUUAAAAAAUUUUUGUAACCUGAAUUCAAUUUUGACCUGUAACAUAUAUAUGUUUGUAUUUUGCAAUUUGCAAUGCAAUCAUGCAAUAGUACCAGCUUAUGGCUGGUUCCUUGUUGCUGAUACGUUAGCAUGCAAUUACCUUUCUUGGAUUGGCAUAGUGUGUGGUUCAUUCUUUAAUUCUUCAUCAAUGAUAUGUUAGGUAUGAAUUUGAUGCAAUGUUACUGAGUGAAGCUCAUGAAUGGAAUCAGAAACGAGGUUUGUGCAAAAUAAUGCAUAUCGAUACUGAAUAUUACAAAUUUUAUGAUCAUUUGUACAUGGUAAAUAAAGUAACUUAAUGCAAUUGCAUUAGUUUACAAAACAUCGUAUCCAUUCAAAAAUUUAAAACAACAUAGUAGACAGGAACACAUACCUAUUCAGUAUCUUUUAUUUGAAUAAAAUCUUACCUUAGGAUUUCUUCCACUGACUCAAAAGAUAGAACUACCUUGUGCAGUAUAAUAAACAGUACCACAGGAAAUUGCUGCUCAGUAGCGUUCAUUUCAAUGAUCACACUGUAGGAUUUCAUCCACAUCCUCAAAAGUUAGAACCUCACCUUGUACAGCGUAAUAAACAGUACCUCAGGAAAGUAUUGCUCAGUAGCUUUUAUUUGAAUUAUCACACUUUAGGAUUUCAUCCACAGACUCAAAAGUUAGAGCCACCUUGUACAGCAUAAUAAACAGUACCACAGGAAAGUACUUCUCAGUAGCUUUCAUUUGAAUGGUCACACUUUAGGAUUUCAUCCACAGACUCAAAAGUUAGAACCACCUUGUACAGCAUAAUAAACAGUACCACAGGACAGUACUUCUCAGUAGCUUUUAUUUGAAUGGUCACACCAUAGGAUUUCAUCCACCGACUCAAAACUUAGAACUAUACCUCGUGCAGCAUAAUGAACGGUACCAUAGGAAAGUAAUACUUAGGAGUAGCUUUCAUUUGAACGGUCACACUGUAUGAUUGCUUCCACAGACUCAAAAGUCAGUUACAUGUAGAACCACCUUGUACAGCGUAAUAACAGUAACACAGGAAAGUACUACUCAGUAGCUUUUAUUUGAAUGGUCACACUUUAGGAUUUCAUCCACACCCGAGGGUUAGAACCCUCAUGUAAAACACAAAAAUACCAGAGGAAAAUACCGUCUAUUAGCUGUCACGUGAACCACGAAUCUAUUUUUUUGUGUGUCCCUGAGAACUGCAGACUAGCCGGACUGUAUUUCUUUCUUGUAGCAAAAAGUGCUAUAGAAAAACUGACAUCACCGGUGAUAAUAGACAACACUAACACACAGGCCUGGGAGAUGAAGCCUUAUGUGUCUAUGGUAAGAUGAUAACUGACUUGACAACACCCAAUAAUUAUUAUCACUGGAUGUUACAUUUUCUUUAUUGUUAGCAAGUUUUCAACUUAUUGAAGUGGAACCGAAGGAGGGAAGGUUGCAGGCAGUUGGCGGCCGGCUCAUUAUUUUUAUUUAUUCAUUUAUUCGUUUGUUUGUUUAUUUAUUGUUUAUGCUGUAUACAGGAACAUCUGUGUUAGUAUACAGGGCUGUCAGUAAGUUUUUAAGCAGCCGUAGCAAAUGAACAUUCACCCGUAACAUCGCACAAAAAUUUAUAGGGCCACUUUUAGCAUUCCACUUUGAUCAACCGUAAGCUCUGAGUAUACUAGUGUACUAUUUAUAAUAUUUACACAUGUAUUUGUGUGAUGCUUGCCCUUUAGGCUUUAAAGCAUGGAUACUACGUUAAAUUUAUUGAACCGGAUACCUCAUGGAAAUGGAAUGUAAAAGAACUUGCUAGGUAUGUAUGGAAAAAUCGUGAGAAAAACAAACGAACAACUGCAACACAACAAGCAGACAAGACUAGAGAAACACGCUUUGAUUUCGCCUUUUUUUGUGUGGGCGAUGACCGUUUGGUACCUUAUUAAAGGUUAAUCUUUCGUAGGUUCUUCUUUGCUGGUACUUACAGUUUGCUACCCUGUGAAAUUUUCAAUGCCGCGUUCCUAGUUGCGUGGAUUUGUAGCACGGAAUAAUGGCUUUGUCGUUUGAAAUGGAUUCUCUUACGUUUUGUGACUUCUUCUAUUUUCACUCGUAGACGUAAUCGACAUGGAGUUACCGUAGAAACCAUAACGAGAAUGAAGGAACGGUUUGAACAAGGUCUUACUGUUGAAAAAAUAAUGAACUGCGAGGGAAAACCUGAUCCUAAUAGAACUGAGAACAAUUAUAAAACUCUAACUUCGACUGGUGCUAAGAAGCAAAACCUUAGUCCCAGGGCUCCACCGACAUUGCAGAAGGAAAGCUCUCUGGGCCUGGGAAAGAGUGACAGAAAUACCUUUGACUACACCACGUCGGCAGAGAACACUGCUCUGACCAAAGUGGUUCACUCCUCGAAGAGUGUCGACCGUGAAAACGAAAAAAACAACGCCUUGGAAGGGAACGAAAUUGACUUUCUAGGUGUAAGAGAGAGUAGCAAAAAAAGUGUUGAAAAUUUGAACAAUCGUGAAAAUUCUUCAGAGGAUGAGGAGGACAUCAGUGCAUCUAAGAAUCCGCCAUAUGGGGAUAGUAAAGACGUCCCUGAUGCGAGCAUUAGUCCAAAGCCACAGAGAGUCCCAAGGACCCGAGAGAGGAGAUCACCAAAUGUUGAACCGCGUAACGAUACCGACAACGUUGUGAAAUCUGACAUCUGUACUCGUGAGAAUUCAGGUGACGUUGGUGGGGAAGAAAUGCAGGCUUUCAAUAGUCCGCUGCCCCAGAGACCUCCAAGGGUCCGAGAGAGGAUAUCGCCAAGUGAUCAUGAUCUUGUAACCAUAAGAUCACCGGAGGAUCUCAGUUGUCGCGGCAGCGAUGACAAGCUUCAGUUAAAUAGCAUUGAUAACGCAGUGAGCGGUUCAGAAAAGGGCAGCGCAAGCUUGGAGCUCUCCAAAGAUUCAUUGUCAGCUACUGAUAGUCAUAUCUUUUUGCCACCCUUUUUUAAGGGGGACAACGAAGACGACAGUGAAGAAGUUGCCCUGGCAUCUGAAAAUUCUAAGUCAUCGAUGCCAUUCGUUGACUUUGCAUUUCCCUCGGACAGUUCUCCGGAGCUCUACAGCGCAUUCUUGUCCAAUGCUUCUUCCUUGAACUCAGGCAAAUCAAACAGAGUGACAGAUAAACGUCUUGGGGAAGAUUUUGAAGUAAAGGCGUCUAGUGAAGAACAAACCACAUGUAACCUGCCACCUGCUGAUAAAAGCACAAGUUUGGCUCGGAUGUGUUACGUCGAUAAAGACGCCAUGGAAGGGGCAAAUAUCGGGCUCAAACAUCGCGAACCUACUGAGAAAAAAUCAGUUGCCUUUCCCCCACCUUUGUCGACUAUUUUGGCUUCUGCUUCAAAAUCAAAGCAAAAAAAGGUAUCGGCCUCCAGCACCAGUCAGAAACAGUCUGUAGAAGAUGCAGAAAACUAUAGUGAGGAAACUGAGGUGAAACCACUUAAGGAACCAACUGUUUAUGGACCAGAACGUGUAUUUAGUGACAUUGUCACCCAAGAAAACAGGUAUCAACCGACAAAAGAUAUGUUAAGCGACGUACAUAAUCUGCGCCAUGAGGCAGAAGACGCUUCCUCCGGGUACUCGGCGAAUGAUUUCUCCACUGGUGUGGAGUUUUUAAAGACCUGUUUCCCGGAUAUUGAAAGUGACGUUAUAAGCGUGUUGUUGACGGAUACAAGCGGAGACGUAAUGAAGGUAGUCAAUGAGUUGCUGGCGGAUGAAAGUGAUUUAGUUUCCUUCCCUGUGGGUGAGACAGACCUUAGCACACAGCAGUCUCAGGAUUCUCAAAUCUUAGCUUCGCAGAAUCUUCCACUUAAAUCGUUGAACGGAAGUUUAAAAUCAGUUAAGCCGAUUGAUGAAUCGCAUGUGGCAGGUGAUCACACUCAUGAAGUGAGAUCCCAAAGUUCUGCUGUGCGUGAAGUGAGCGAUAUUCCGAGAGAAAUAUCGGCACAAGUGGAUCAGACAAAUCAACCGAGGCCCCUGGAGUCAAGUCCUCUCGCUAAAGCCCAGGCUUCUAGUCGGAACACUUUUCAGCUGACACUUGAACCCGCGAUAGCACUGCACCUGGUAGAGCUGUUCGGACCCUUCACUGGAGUCAACUUUCAAGGUUUGCGCACUUUUAAGUUCUCUUGUAUUCACACUUUUUUUAGUGUGGGUAUUGCAUGGCCCUAUAAGAUUCGCUGUGCAAGGAACUUAAACGAUGUCUUUUUCCUGCUUCACAGAGGAUCUGAGCCUUGAAGAUCUUAUCAUAGACGUGGACAAUACAUUAGCGAAACAGUUGUACAAAAGAUGGGAGAAGAGCAUCCAGGUUCAGUUCACGUGAUACUUAAACUAAACUGCUUACUUACUAGAGUUAAAAGCGGAAACAAGAGUAAUUUAGGUUCCCAUUUUUCGUAUUUUGUUUCAGAAAAAAAAGGGGAUUCCAGUUGAUAAAAAAGGUAAUGCAUUGGUCUUUCAUGCUAUACAAGAUUUUCAAUGAUUUUGGUGAUAUUUUUAACUUUCUUGAGGCUUCGUAACUUUCUAGAGGUUUCGUAGGAGCUCUAACUCCUUCCUAGUUUAAAAAGUCACCUCAUUGAGACCGGCUCUUCUUGGAGAGGUUUUCGUUGUAAAGAGAAUACUUAUGGAGAAAAUAACUGAAGUACGGCAGGGACUAUCUCAGUAGUGUCCGUUUUAGAGAGCUCUCCGUUUAGAUUGUCGAAGAAGUGGCUAGUCACGAUUUGACAAAACUUUGACAUUUCUUUUUUAAUAUGCUGAAAUACGAAUAGUACUUUGUGAAAGUACUACCAAAUAGAAGAUUCUGUUCACCGACUCAAAAGUUAGACCACUUUACAAAACUCCUUUAUUCACAAUGGGAGUAAAAAGGUUUUAAACGUCUUUAGUCUACAUAUACGAAUAGCUCCAUUUUCCGUAAUUUCUGUUUUAUUGUCUAAACUUUUUUCAUAGUUAAGUCACCGCGAGCAAAUAAGAAACCAGCAGAUUCCAGUUCACGUUUUUUGAACGAAAUCCAGUCUUCUUCGGAGAGUCACCGGCCACCCCAGCAGUUACGUACUGGGCUUCAAUCAGGUAAUAAUUGCAGCAAUUAUGCUUGAAUUCAAUCGGCUGUAUUUUAAAAAGGAGUGUUAUAAUGCCCAUUAUCCUCUAUGUUCUGUCAGGUAACUUGAGGGAGAUCAUGGACGAACAACUUGCUCUAGAGAUGAGCAGAACUGCAAACGUAAGUACACGUAGCAUUGCUUAAAAAUCAUUUUCUAUCAGGCGUUUCUUUUGAGAAGAAGAAAAAUUUAGGUGUCUGGGAAACUACCCACCUACCCCUCACCAAAGCCAACAUUAACUCUUACUUCUCCCUAAGGGCAAAAUGUUGGCUCAGGGAAGGGUAGAUGGGCAGUUUCCCAGAAGCCUAAAUCGAUUCGAAGACAUCCAGGUACUUCAAGACCAGCGUUAAAAGGAAACGGUGCCGAUGAGAAGACAAGAAACCGUUUCCGUAAUGCUCACUUUGAGGGUUUGUACUUCAAAUAUGGCUCCAAAACGUUGCAUUUAAGCGAAUGUAAGUCGAAGCAAUAUCUUUUAUACCUUUUUCUCUGCUAGAAAAAGAAAAAAGGACUGUUGCGGAUCUAUUUUUCUUUAUUUAUUGCUAUUGUAAGGCCGCAGAUGUGAAUGGACAAGACAUUGCCAUCAACCUGAAGAGGCGGAAACUUUUUGAAAUGUUUCCUGGUGUCGAUCGGACGGCCUUAGAGGAAGUAUUCCAAGCUAAUCAGUAAGUUUGUAGCUAUAAAUGGUUAAUUAAUGACCUUUGUGAUUGCAGAGCCCUUGGUUGGUAAAUUUCGGGUUCGCUCGAAUGACUGUAUUUUGGAAAUAGGAAUACAUGGAAUAAUCUGGAAUUUUCGUUCGGUUGACCUACCAUCUUAAAAUUCUGAAAUAAGCAGAAUAUAUUCCAAACAUUUUGAUCCAGGGAGCCUGCCUGGAAUAGAAUGAAAUAAUGACUCCAUUUUCAUCGUGUUGUGGCUUGUUUUCACAGCAACAAAGAAAAUGGCGGUAAACAAACAAACAAACAAACAGAACUAAACUUCUUGCGCCCAUUUUCCUGCGCCUCGCCAGUAUGGUUGCCAUCUUUUCCCGCGCUAAGUAGAAACGUUUCCCGCGCCGGGUUUCGGGGGUGAAAUGUUUCCCGCGUUCAUAAUACCACUCGACAACUUUCAAUAGCCAGAACGGCAACAACAACAAAACAACAAUAACAACAGCAGAUGUAUUCUUUUAUCUUUAUAGAUUUGAAUUAGGCCCGUCCGUAGAAGUUGUAAAGGCGUCUUGUAAUUUGUCCGGUGAGGGAAUUCCUAACACGGUAAUCGCUCCUGGUCUAAGAAACAAAGAGGAGGCGAAAAGAAAGGUAUAAAAAUGCGUCGUGACUUGUCUUCACAGAAAUAAAUUGAAAAUAAAAAUCAGCCAAACCAGGGUGAAACCUCGAACUUCACAAAGGACGAACCCAAUACACCCUUCUACGGCAGGGUUUUUCAAUUGUUGACAUGGACCAAUUAGGGGAAGACUUAGUGGCGGAUACAGACCUUUAGAUAAGGGGUGGGAAGUCUUAAUUUUUUCUUCGGCCCUUCGGGCCUCAGUUUGGUAUGAAAAUAAGGAGUUGGCGGGGGGGGGGGGGGUUCCGCCCCCCCUGGGCCCCUCCCCUGGAUCCGCCACUGACACUGUCGAUACCAGCGGAAAGAACGCCUCAAAGUUAAUAAAAUCGCCAAGUUUGAAAGUAAUACGUCUUAACCAAACGAAGAUAUAGCUCCGUAAAGUUGCAAAACUUUAUAGACGUUUGUAUGGUGGUGGGGGAAGGGUAGACCUUGCAACUCUCAUGGUUUUGGCAGUCAACUCAUGGUCUCACGAUUUAGCUUCCAAAUCUCACGGUGAAUCAGAAAAUCGUAAAUUUACUAGACAAUUCCAGUAGGAAUUGCGUAGUUAAAAAAAAAACUGUCUUCAUAAUAGACGAGGUGUAUCAAUCUAAUUUUUUGGGGAAGCCUGGAGUUGGAGGAUUAUCCCUAACUUGUUCAUGUCAAACGUAUAAAAAAAAAAAAACAAGCGUGGAAGGGUCUAUGCUUACGAGCAAAAUCUAUUUUUCUGGCUCAUAGGCAUCAGGUUCGUCCGACGUUUCACCCUGCUCUGAACUUACUGUUUAUAUGAUAUCUAGGCUCCUAAACUCUAAUCCACACAGUAUCCAGAUUGUAAAACCACCAAUGAUUAUGCCAAUUUUUCCCGUUUACGCCAGUUUUAUUCGUGUGUUUUAAUUUGCUAGGAGCCUGAAGAGGACUGGAGCUGGUUAUAUUCAGACGGUAGGCUGGGUAAAUUAACAUCAUAUAAGUAAAUAUUUGGUGUAGUCUAAGCUCGAUUAUCCAGAAUUGGUGGAACUGGGAUAAAAAACAACAAUAGACGAGGAUCCGUUUGAGUCACAAUAAGACCAACAGUGACACUGACUAAAUAAGAAAACUUAGAUCUAAUUGUGCCCAACGUUAUAAACUUCAGGGUGUAGUACCUGUUACCUGAAUGGACUUCAUCACUUACAGCGCAUACGAGCCCUCCUUCUCUUACAUAACUAGGUAAAAUGUUAAAGGUAUUUUUUUAUCUCUUGAGUGAAAAUAAACGCACCCAGAAAUCGUCUUUUUCAGGUUUAAACAAUUUCACUCCUUGAAACUGUAAACCCCAAGACUUACGAACAUCCGUUUUCUCCUAACAACGUUAGGUCCGUAAACUAGCCUGAGAAAACAGCCGACAUUUCGCGACGCAGCCACUGGUUUCUCCGCGAAAUGACGUCUGAGAAACGAGCGCAGAUAUUCCCUACUGAGAACGUGUUACUACCCAGAUCUAGGUAGUGCUUCUGAUUGGUUGAAGCAAAUUUCUCACGAGGCUCGACCAAUCAGUAUGGAAUUUCUGCGCUCAUUUCGCGGGGAAAUCAGUGGUGUCGUCGCUGAAUGUCGGCUGUUUUCUUAGGCUAUUCAUAAACAAGAGAAAACUUUUGUGCUCUGUGGUAUAUCGAUGCAGAAAAAGUUAAUAGGGUUGUCUCGAGGAAGCUGUAUCUUUGUUUCAGUCCUGAGUUUGAUGUUUAUGAGUGCUAGAUUGAAACCUUUACUUGCUGUGUUUGAUUUCAGAUUCCUCGCGGUCAGAAACGGAGUCAGGCCCGUUCCAGACCCUUGAGGCGCCAAGUUAUCGGGAUUACCGCGCGGAAGCCUUUCAGCACUACAAGCAAAGAGACGAAUGUUUCAAGAAAGCCGCUCUGGCUUUCUCCAAGAAGCAAGGACAACUGGCCCAGUUUUAUGCUCAACAGGUACAUGUGCAUAUUUGGAAAGUGGUAAAAAAUCUAUGUACGUGUAACCGCACCCUCCCCCCUCCAGUAAAAGGAAGAAAAGGAGAGAGGGAGCGUUUACGAAAGGCUGGCAUGAAUCGUGUUAUGUUACGUAACUCUUAAUUUAUGCAAUUUUCACAAAUACUUGUAUUUUAUGCGAAGGAGGCGGGUCUUCGUUUUUCCUUUUUCGUUUGGGAAGUUGCGGCUACUCGUAGGCUAGGGUGGAGGCCUAGUGUUCUCUGUCAUUGCUCGCUCAGUUAAGUUUACGGUUUACACUUACUGAAUGAAACUAACGACUAUAAUUUUUAUUUUAAUCCACCUUUGUAUUUCAGGGUCACAUGCACACAGAGAAAAUGAAAGAAGCCAAUGCAAGAGCUGCGGCACUUAUCUUGGAACAAACGUAAGAGUUACCAAGAGUUCUUUUUCAUUCUUAUUGGCUGCUAACUGCCAAUAUAAUUCUGGUAGUUUGCAGAGCUGCAUUGGAAGGAUUCAGUUCAUGAUUUCGAAUCAGUUUAAGCAUUUUCACACAUCGCCAUUUGUGUCUUUUUCCUUUGCCUAACAUAACAUUUUGCCACGUUUUCUAUGUUCUGUACUAGAAGUUCUCCCGCGCUUAUUAUGCACGUGCAUGACGUUUUCCCAUGCUUGCUCUGUGCGUUACUGGUUUUCCCUUGUUACUUUAUGAUUGCAUUUGCACUUUCCUGGUCACAAGUUUUAACGAACUUAACAUCGCUUACAAUUUCCAUAACGCUUUCCUCAUUUUGAAAUGAUGCGAACCUUUUUAGGAACAAGUAUUCGGACGAGAAUACCCUUGAUUUGCAUGGCCUACACGUUACAGAAGCCGUGGAAGCUCUGGAAAACAUGUUGAGUGAAAGGAAAGGUACUGAAAUUAAAAAAACCACGUUGAACUUUUGCCCCCGCAGCUGAGCGAAAUCCCGAGGGAGCAUCCUAGUAGCUCGCGCGUAUAAAUAGGAAAGUACUUACAGCUGAAAUAUGCAGUCGGUAAACCUCGAUUUGUUAAAAACAGAGACCUCAAGGAAUCGUUGAAUAAUGAUGACGUUUCAAGUAUGGAAUGGUUAGGAUGAUCUUAAACAGAAAAUACCCGAAGGGACCGCUUUGGUUGAUUUUUUGACACUUAUUGUACAGUCCUAGUUCGAUACUCGUUCGUGUUACGUGUAUUCAGUAACAUUUUGUGGAGCAGCUGUUUUGAAACAUGUGGACCGAAAGACACUCGUUAAGUGUAGAUGAAGGUAUAAGGGGCGUAUAACUGUAUAUAAGGACUUGGAGGCUUGCCAGACACAAGUUUUUCAUUGACAAACCUUUGAUUGGAAAUAAUUUGCCAGACACAAAUCGCUUUGAUUAUCAGAUCACCAUCGAGGUCAAGUCGUGUUUCGCAAAAGUUCCGCGUUGGAAUUUAAAGGUGUGGGAAAAAAGAUAGCUUUUUUUGUCGUUUCAGAAAAAGGCUGCAAGGCAAUUUCUGUGAUAACUGGACGAGGAAAUAACAGUCGUGGUGGAAAAGCUCGGAUAAAGCCUGCCAUCUUGGAAUAUCUUAAGAAAAAUAACUACAAGUAAGUAAACAUGUUUUAUGGACCGGCUGUUGUCGUAUUUGUCAUUAUGAGCCCUGGUGGAUACUUCGUUCGCGCGCUCUGUAAUCUGCAUGAGGCAUAUUUAUUACAACCUGAUUACAACUUGCAAGAAUACAAUGACAUACACACACAACAGAAAGUAAAGAGAAAUUCCAUAAGGAUGGUCUGCAAAAGCGUUAAAGACUACUGACAGAGCAC